UUUUGUUUUGUUUUGUUAGUAGGAAUUCUAGUUACUCUCAGAACAGAUACUGGUUAUGUUAACUAUGUGAAAUCCGUCGACGACACACAAAUAGUUUAAUUUUAUGUGAUUAUGAAGCUGGUGAUCUUGCUGUGGAUUCUGCCUGUAACAUUAGGAGACAUCCAUGUCACUUGUAUGUACUCUGCGGAAUGUUUGUUACCUUGCACAUCCACCAUCCUCCUGGAUAUCAUCCACUGGUACAAAGAUAAUAAACCAGUGCAUUCAUUCUAUUACAAUAAAGACCAGUUGGGCCAUCAGUCCGAGGACUACAAGGGAAGAACAUCCCUUUUACCGGAAUCUGAAAUCAAAAAUGGAAAUGUAUCACUCUUACUAAAAAACAUCAGGGUCCAGGAUGAAGGCCGAUACAGGUGCUACACUGCCAAUGAAAAAACAAAUGAUGAGAAGUUUGUGUCUGUGUCUGUAGAAGCUCCAGUUAAAUCGGUGGAUAUCACUUUAAAAGAUGAUACCGUCACCUGCAAGACCAGUGGAGUUUAUCCAAAACCACAAGUCUCGUGGUCGUCAGGGAAUGAGCCAGUGGAUACUUUCCAGGAAACAGAAGAAAAACUGUUUAUAGUGACAAGUGAGCUUAAAGUGGGUGACAACAGUGGUACCUACAAAUACACCUGCUCCAUAACCAGUAAGGACAGGACAAAGACAGCUACUCUGGAAAAGCAAGAAGUUUCAGAACUCAAAGAGAAUGAGUUCAUUUUCAAUUGUCCUGUCCCUAAGGAUGUCGACUACACUCUCAUCUUGAAUUUUUCCACCAACAUCCUGACAUAUGACAGCAAAACCUCUAUGAAAUACAUCUCUGAACAGUGGCGGGACAAGGUUACCUUUAAUCCAAAAAAUGGAACAGUUACACUCUCUCCUCUUAAUGAAGAGCAUUUGGGAACUUACACAUGUGAGAGUAAGACAGACGAGGACAGAUACAUUAUGCAAGCUUCAGUUUCACCAAGAGGUUUGGAAACUGCCCACAUUAUCGGCAUUAUAGCAGCCAUUGUCAUUGCCAUUGCCAUUGUCAUUGCCAUUGCCAUUUUUGUUUUGAAUAACAAACAGAAAUCAAAAAAUAAACAACAACCAUUAACUGAAGAAUUGAAACACUUGAAUGGAGGGAAAACGGGAGAUGAAAAUGGUAAUAAAUAGCCAGAAACGUGACAUCUCAUCAAGUCCAUCCAGAUCGCUUUGGAGAUCAGUAAAUUCCAGCACCGUAUCUUGCGUAUUCUUAUUUAUUAUUCAGGAUUUCAUUUAAAUGAGGACGAGUAAAAGCCUGAAGAUAAAUAAGAAGACUGUUGAAGGCAAAAACAUGCCAGGAGAAACAAGUGAGCGCAACAAGACCCAAAACAUGCUUCUGAAGUUUUGUCUUUGGUUUGAGUCUGAAUCAUCAUUGAAGCAGUCGCUGCCCCAGACUCGAGUCCUUCUAAACUCACUGCCAGCUUACAGACCUUCAAGCUUUGGGGUUUUACAAUGUUUUCUGUAUGAAGGACUUCUUCUAUCUUCCCCAUUUUUUAAAUAUUUUCCAUUAUUGAAGUGGAUAGAUCAGAUUUUUGUCAUUCUCAGUUCCAUGACAUGAACAUGAAACCGGUUUUAGCAGAUUCCACACUAAUCCAUCUUCUAAAACCACUUUCUUAAAAGAACCGAACCCAACAUGGUAAGUCCUUCUAUAGCAAGUUUGGAUUUUUUUUUUUAUGUUUUGCUUCAUUGUUUGAAUUGCUGCUAAUCUGUGGCCAUGGCAACAUCAACAUUCCAACAAAAAAUGUGACUUUUAAGCUGUCUAUCCACAUGCUGAUAAAUGAAGACACUAAAAAAGGGACUGUGAGGGGUAAUCAUGUUUUUUUGCUGUUCUUUUACAUGUAAACCUGUAUUUUUACAAUCUAAAUGGCAGUAUUCUUUAAUUUAAUGAAGAUCAAUUUGACUAUGAAGGUAAUGAUGUAAAUAAAAACAUUUCUAAUGUGUUAA